ACGUUAUUACACACGUCGGAUACCCUGAAAUUCAUAUCGAAGUCGUUGGAUUCGGAAAGGAGAGCGGAGAUAAGAUAUGUUUACGACUUUUGCAGGCUUUCCUACAGCAGUGGUGUGAGUGAAUUGAUAGAAGCCCUUUUGGCAUUUGCUAAAGGAGACUAUAGAAACAUGCUGAUUUUGUUGGGAACGGGUGACAGAUUUCUGAGUAAGUGUCAGGUUGUCAAUGCAAAUCGG